AUGCUCGUUUCUCCUCCCCUCGACGGCCCUGUAGGCAAUGGCGCCGCUGUAGGUGCCGUCGGGCCAAUCAUGAAGACGCCCUACGACCCUAACGGUGCCCUGGAUGACAUUCCAGGUAUCGCUCACACCCUGGGCCUUUUUCUCGCGUCGCAGAUGGUGGAAUCGGAGGAAUACUGUGUCAAGAGCGGCCUUAAUAGGAACGUAUGUAUAUCUGUAUCGGAUACGGCUUUAUCUAAUGCAUCAAGACAGUGA